AUGGCGAUGAUCAUGGCACCCGUCCGAAGAGGGACGCAGCAGCAGCAGCUGUUCGGCGCCAUCUUGAUGAUCCACGGAUGGAUGACGCGGACGCAUCAUCCGCACGUGCAGGUGACGUGCUCCACCCAGCGCCCGGCUGACGGCGUCCGCUGCGACGGCUCGCAGCCAGCUGUGGAGAUCAGAGGUCGCGACCGGUCGGCCGCUGGCGCCGUCUACGUCCAGUACACCUACUCUACCGCGCCGCAGACCGCGCCAGUUUGCUAUCGCUCUCAGGAGACGCGCAUCUCAAGUGGUCGUCGCGUUCGGACUACCUGCUGGACUCGCUGCCGAACGCCAACAUCCAGUGGUGCUUAUCGGCUCCGAUGUCCAGACGCUCUCACACUCGCGUCUUGUGUUGACCUCUGGCCGGUCCCUGCUGUGUUCGCGUGCCUGGGCUCCCUGUCGCCGAUCAACCGCGGCUCGCUGAUGACCUGUGGUCUCGUGCUGUGCGUCUGCCUGGGUGCGCCCGCCGGCUGCGUGUCCGCCCGAAUCUACAAGCUGGGAAGUCGCGGCGAGAAGUGGUGACUCAACGUGCUGCUGACGUUGACGCUGUGCCUGAGGAUCGUGUUCAGCAUCACGCUGCUGCUGAACUGGGUGCCGUGGGCGUACGACUCGUCGGCAGCGCUGAUUCCUCACCAGACUGACGCUGACGGGCUCUGUUUUGGCGUGUCUGUGCCGGUCACUUUCGUUAACACCUACUCCGCCUUCAAGAAGCACGUGCCAGAGCACCCGGUGAGCGCUGGACGCGGACUCUGUUCUAGGGCCUUGGUCGCGGACGGGCGGCGGCCGCGGGACUGUACUCGGGCGCUGGGCGCGGACGGACGGAACCCAUCGUAGACAAGCGUAUGCAGGUCGCCAUCACUGGUCCGUCGGAGCACUGCGGCGUGGCACACCCAAUUGUGCACCGCGGACAUCGGCCGGACGAGAGUCGAGAGAGCCUGGCGGACAGCCGCACCCGGCACGCCGAUUCCAGUAGUUUACAUUUGUCAUGACUAGCUAACCCCGCUUUGCUCGCCCUGGUGCGUGAUAGGCAUUGUCCAUUGAGGAUGGCUGCUCCUGGAGGAAUGUCACGUGAUAUUUGUUGGGGAGUGAAAUGUUAGUUUUCAUUAUCGUUGGAUGCAGAAUGUGCCUUGCCAAAUAUGUGUCUGCAUCUUUGUCACCCACGUUUUGUGGAUUCACGAAACAGGCUGAACAAGUGAAGUCACUUAUUGGUUGUGUGCUUUGCUGAAAGUGAUUUGUAUACUGUAUCCUGUGUUUUUGCCAAUCAUAUGUCAGAUGCAGAGUUCAUACA